UUAACUCACGAGACAUCACAACCGGUUUAACCGUUAGGUUCUGGUAACCAAACAAUUUACCAAAUGCUCAAAAAUGGCGGGUAUUAUUCACAGUGCACUGGAGCAGUACAAAUGUGAUGCCAAUGAUGUCCUGAUAUUUAAAUUGGUCCGUGACGUUGCCGACCUUGGAAACAAUGAAGGAUUUAGACCAGAAAUGUGCCAUCAGGUUUUCGGGGAUCAGGAGAGCAUAUUUGGCUACAAGGACCUCUGCAUACAGAUGUACUACACAGCUGCCCGACUGAACACCUAUCUGAACAUCACCUACACCGGCAAGGUCUCCCCAGACAAGAAUGAUGGACUUAAGCCUGAUGAUGUGAUAGGAGCCCUUUCCAAGGAGAUUCCCCCUGGUUACUACACCAGCAUCGAUGACUUCAGUGCCUCUGUAGCUAAAGAUGCUACAUUCAAGCCGUUUGGAGAGCUUCUUCACACAUACACUGUUGGGAAGGAGGGCCGGGAGAGACAGUUUGAGAUCUACCGGACAGACAUCGCGUGCCCUGGUUUCCGUGACUACCACAGUCGUCUGCAGACAUUCAUUCUGUUCUUCAUUGAUGCAGCCUCAUACAUUGACGUUGAUGACGACAGAUGGAGCUUCUACCUAGUGUUUGAGAAGUACAAACACGAUGGCAGUGUGAUGUAUGCGACAGUAGGCUACAUGACCGUGUACAGUUACUAUGCAUAUCCAAGCAGAGUACGCCCCAGAAUCAGCCAGGUUCUCAUACUGCCACCCUUCCAAAAGCAAGGUCAUGGUGCCCACCUGCUGCAGACGUUCUACAACCGUUGCUAUGGAGACAGUGAGAUCCUAGAUAUCACAGUUGAAGACCCGUCAGAAGAUUUCCAGAGACUUCGAGACUUUGUGGAUGCCAGGAACUGCAUGGCUCUGAAGUCUUUCAAACCGGACAAACUUCGCAAGGGUUUUGAUGAGGACAUGGUGAGGGAGGCACGCACGAAGCUCAAGCUCAACAGGCGCCAGAUCCGUCGUGUGUACGAGAUACUGCGUAUGAAAGCUACAGACCACACUAACAAAAAGGAGUACACUCAAUUCAGACUGGAUGUCAAGAGAAGACUCAACAUACCCUUCCAGAAAAAUGGUCGUGACUUUGAGAAGCUUCAGAAGGCCCUGGCCCCUGAUGAGCUGUCAGCGACCUUGAGCUGUAUGACCCUGCCACAGCGCCACCAGUACCUGGAGAAGGCCUUCGAGGACACGACCGAGGUCUACAGUCGGGUCAUAGAGCGCCUGAACAUGUGCUGACUGACAUUGGUUGAAUGAAAUUGGGAGUGCUGGGCGUAGAACAUUUCUGAAUAAUGGUGCAAUCUGGAGCAGAUUAUUUGAACCUCAUUUUGGGAAAUCUAGGCUUAUUGCAUGUGCGUUAAGUGUCAGCCCAGAUUAGCCUGUGCACACAGUCUGCACAGGCUGCGCACUAAUCAUGGAUGACACUCUCAACUAGAUUUUUCUCUAAAAAUGGACUCCUUGCAGACAAAAAAAGACAUUUAAGAAUCUUCAUGAUUAGCCUUGCAAACUGCGCAGGCUUUUGUGGGACGACACUUUACACACAUGAAUUUAACCCAGUUUUGUCCGAUAGAGGCUCAUUCAGUGACCGUUUCGUUCAUCUCACAUUACUCACUUAUGUCAAUAUUCUUUCUGAACCCUGAAUUGAAUCAUGGUGGUAGACACAACAUGUGUACAACAUAUUCACUUCCACUUAAAAUGCUUAUGUAAUUUGAUUCUUUGUGGUUAUGUUGGUAUUUUGAUGAUUUCUAUUUAAACAAUAAAUUAAGUUUCAACCCAGAAAUCCCAAUUUCAUGAUGCCUGGUAUGCCUGGUAUGCCUGGUAUGCCUGGUAUGCCUGGUAUGCCUGGUAUGCCUGGUAUGCCUGGAACUGCUACAGCUUGUGCAUUUGUUCAUUGCUUUAUGGUACUUGGUGUUCAGCAUUUAGAACAGGAACCUAGUUUUGAUUGAUGUCUUUGGUUACAGUUUUGUUUAAUUGCGGUAAUUUGAUGGUGUAGAAUAAAUGAUGUUGAUUGCUAACUGUAAGUGCUUAUAAUUUAUGUGUAAAUAAAUCAUCACUGAGAGA